GAAGCACUUAUAUUAAUUUACUUAAACGAUAUAAAACACACAGCGGUAUGAACGUAUUGCGAUAGACGCAGCAAAAUGGAUAAGAAGUAAAGAAGGGAUAUGUAAUGAAACGGAUCUACUAUGUUUUUCGUGUUAAUGUUUUAAUAAAAAAAGACGGAACGACGCGAUGAUCUUUUGGCAUGUUAAUUAGCUAAGCUUCCAACGCGAGCCAAUUCCGGUAAAUAAAGUUUCCCCUUGUUCAAGGACCUGUACACAUAUCAUCUUCGGACCCAACGCGUACAUCGCUUUUCCCGCAGAAAAGAAAGAAUCGAACCCAUCACCACAGCUUACCUCGGAUUGGUCCUGCGGGAUGGUUUCUUUGGGCUCCUGUGCGUGAAACAGUUAUGCCCGACCAGGUGGCGUCACAAAUGAGGGCAGUGCGCAUCCAACACCAUGAGUUCCCCGUUCAAGAGCGAAUGGAGGACUUCCUUCCGCUGAGUUCGAGCCUCGAGCGGGAGCAGUACACGCUUCAGCGGCUAAACUCGGUCGGCGAAGACCCCGAUGCCGCCGCCAUGGAGGACUUAAAGAGCUUGAGUCCGUCAUCGUGCCUCUGGGACAUGGACUCAAUGGACGACGAAAUGUACUUAGAGUACUUGUUUUCCCAGGGACUUGCGGACUCCAUCGAGAAACCGAACCACGUAAGUCCGGUUUUUGUGAAUAAAAGCAGCGAGAAAGUGACGUCCUUCUGUGAUUCCUAUUGUAACAGUAUGCUGUCAGAUUUUCCAAAAGAGAACUUUGGCAUGCUAGGUCGGAGCAGCGGAAGUGAUUCGGAUUCCUCGGACUCUAGUGACUGUUUCCCGUCCGAGGAUAGGAAGGACUUUGUAGUCUUAGGUGUUGGUCUUCAAAGCCUUAUGCAUUCUUACGCGGCCAAGGGACCUAAUCCAAAUACUCAAGAGUUAGUAAUCGAUAAUUUCCCUAGUCCCGUGAAGAAGUCCGUUCCACCCCGUGCUCAAAUCCACAACCAAACCAGCUACCAUAGUCAGCUUAACCAGCUCCAGUAUUCGUUCACCAACCCAAAUUCAUUACUCACCCCAUCUUCCUUCAUUAACGCUACCGUCAAAGUCCGAACCAUGAAAUCGCCACCAGCGCCGCGUGUCACUAAUCCGUUGAUUACUAAAGUUGCAGCGGACGAUAAAAUAUUUCACUGUACUUACGCCGGAUGUACGAAGGUUUACAGCAAAUCUUCACACCUGAAGGCACACUUGCGACGUCACACCGGUGAAAAGCCAUUUUCGUGCACGUGGCCCGGAUGUGGGUGGCGAUUCUCGCGUUCCGACGAGCUGGCGCGACACAAACGCUCUCAUUCAGGGAUAAAACCGUACCAGUGUAAAAUUUGUGAGAAAAAGUUUUCGCGCUCGGACCAUCUUUCAAAACAUUUAAAAGUUCAUAGAAAGCGGAAUGGCAUAUGACGUCACACAAUUUUGCCAUUAGUGACGUAAAAAAUAUGGCUAUGUUAACUACAUUCCAUUGCUACGGGAAACGCGUAUUGCUAUCCGUAUAACAAACACGUUUCUUUAGAAGUUGUUGGUAAAUAAUUGAACAUUAUAUUCAUAGUUCAAUGGUAGAUUAAAUAAUAAUAUGACUUGUUAUAUUACAUUUCUUUUUAAACAGUUGUGUGUUGUUGAACGUUUAACUUUACUUAUACAUAAACAAAUGAAAUUAAAUACGUUAAGUUUGCAUAUUUUGCCAGAAAGCACGUGAUAAAGCUUGAUUAAUUAAAAUCUAUAAGAGCACAACACAUUGGCCGUAAUUACUCUAAGUAAGUCUAAUCGAAGAUAUCACAACGUAUUAAACAUUCACUUUAUAAAAACGAUAGCGAUUCUCAAUUAUUUGUUUAGCAACCAUUAUCUGUGGUUGUUGUCUGGUACUUGUUUUGUUUGUAGUAAAUAUAAACAUAAAAACACCAUUUUGUACCUCACAUGUCUUAAUGAACGUCUCAGAUAUUGUUUUUCUGUCUUAAAUUUCACAUGCUCAGCUGGACAUGAAUAGUUGUCUUGCAUGGUUUUAAUUGUUCUCUUUUUACGAAAUUUUGUAAGAGUGCCUGAUUUUUUGUAAAAACAACAAAGAUGCUCUGAAUAACUAUAAAUUGUCCUUAGUUUUAGGACGAAUCCGGUUGUGACUACAGUAUUCGUAUUUGUGGGCUGUGAAAGACAGAUAAAGCGAUUUUGAAAAUAACGUUGAUAGUUCAGCCUUCUUGCUUGUGGUUGACGAUUUGUUUUUAAUUUUAUUAUCGAAAUAACGUUUCACAGCGAUGUGGUGGAUGUACUUGUAUACGUGUGUUUGUGUAUUCAAAAGGUUCAUACCUAAACAAAUAUGUUAAACAAUGUGAAUGCCUGUCAAACAGGUCUUGUUUGUUGUAUUUUUUCGUUACCUAGAAUUAAAAACAAAACCCGGAUUUAUUCAGGAUUUGUAGGAAACAAAAACACUCUGUAUAAGGCGUAUAUGCGUAUACACGUAUGGUGAAUGAAAUUACAUUAAACCUAGUGGAUUGAUUACCUGAACAAUUUUAACUCAACAAUAUGAAUCAAUCCUUUAUUUUAAAUAAGCAUAAACCUGUAGUAUAUUACAUAUAUGACACGUAGCAUGAGACAGUGAAUGUGCAUGUAAAUAUAUUAUAAUUAUUCAUGUUGCUCGUUAAUAAGCUCGUUACGCAGUUUUUCGAGCGCAGCCAUUUGGCAUGGAGUUAAUGGAGCGGUGAUAGUUCAACUAUGUACACAAAGUAUCAAUACAAGUAGCGCCAUAUGUAAACAAUAGCCGUAUUGGGUUUGACAAUAUGGUUUCUAGUAUCCAUGCAUUCUCUACACUAAUUAUUCGCUAAUUAAUUCCCAUAAGGUCCUUCAAUAGGGUUAUCAGAAUACAACCGGAUAUGAGCUCUUCAGGGUUCACGAGCGCCGUCUAGCGCAGACUUCCGGCGGCGUAAUUUGGUGCCAGACCUUUGAAGUACGCGCACUUGAUGGCUUUGUAUUUAAUUGUUGAAAAGAUUACACACGAAUGUGUUUGUUUUCCAAAUUUGUGACCAAUGUUACAACGCACUAUAACCUUAUUUUCGUUUGUUUGUUUGUUUUUUCUUUAUUCAUUGAUGUCCUAAAAUUAAAUCUGUUAUUACGAUACUUUUCUGUGGUAGGAUUAUUCUGUGAAGUUUUAGAUAUUGUAUCUCUCUCUAAAAGUUUCAUUCCUGAAGCAAUCGCAAUAAUCUGUUUUCUUAACCAUUUGAGGUAAUUUUAUCUUAAUAUUAGUAAAACAUUAAAGUUUCAUACAUUCAUAUCUAUUUUUUUCAGGUUUCUAUAAAUGUAUAUACAGGACAAUACAUGUAAGUUAAUAAAAAACCAUUUCGCAAUCAACUGUAUUUUGCAAUACGCUGUGAAGCUGAAAUGGUUAUGCGGUAAUUUUGCUUAUCAAUCAAAAUAAUUAAUAACCAAAAACCAUUUACCGCAAAACAUCACACAGAGCUCGUAUCUGGCUCGUUUAUCAACCGCAAUAUAUUUAGUGUUGCUUCUAAUGUUUAUGUUUGAUUAUUGCUAUGAAAUGUCAGGUGGGACAAACAUGUGCAAUUCCCUGAUGUAUAGCCGCCCAUAAUGAAAAAAUAAAAACAUGCAAAAUAG